AGGAAAGGAAUCACAAAACUUCUCUAACCGUUUCGCAGCACUCCUUCACUCUCCAGAUGGCAGAUUACGAAAUAGAUGUGAUUAUAGAGAUUGAAGAAGAUGAUAUGAAUGUAGUGGAGGAAGUAGACGACUUAAAUCAGUAUAUAGUGGACGAAGGUGGCGAAGAAAAUCAGGUGGAAGCAGAGAACGAAGAAACUCAGAUUUCAGAGAACGAAGAAAUUGUGAUUCUGGAACCAACGAAGAAAUUGAUCAUCAGUGAUGUUUGGGAGCAGUAUCUGAGAACUGCGGAAAUUCGGAAAGAAGACAUGAACAGGCUCGUGAUGAAUUUUCUUGUGGUUGAAGGAUAUCUAGAAGCUGUGGAGAAAUUCCAAAAGGAAUCUGGAACUAAGCAAACAGCAGAAGUAGGUUUUGCGAGCAUCAGUGACCGAUUAGCUGUUAUAGAGGCUAUCGAAAGCGGAAAUCUUGACGAUGCUGUUGAGAAGUUGAAUGCUACAAACCCUGAGAUACUGAAGACGAAUUUUUUUCUUAAUCAGCAAAGGUUUAUAGAAAGAAUCCGCAUGGGGAUGACAGAUGAGGAGGCCUUAGAGUUUGCUCAGAAAGAGCUUAAACCAUUGGUAGAACAGAACCUGGCGUUUCUAGAAGAAAUGGCAAAGACUAUGGAUAUACUCCGUUGUAAAGAUCUCCCUAACAUCCCGGAGGUGGUGAGAGAGCUUCUUGAAAACUCACGGUGGUUUAAGACAGCUGCCGAAGUAAAUGCAGCGAUUCUUACUAGCCAGACUGGUCUAAAAUGUCCCAAACUUCUACACUUGUUGAAGAUGCUGAUUUGGACUCAGAAUCAACUGGAUGAAAAAGUAGAGUAUCCACGCAUGAGUUUUUUGCCCACUGGCCAGUUCACAGUCAUAAACCCCCCAUGGCCAUCAGAAUGAUUUCAUCACCACUUUCAGCAACUAAAGGCUCUGCCAAAGGGAACAUAUAUAGUGAAAUUUUAACCUGAUCUGUUACAAGAACAUGAGGAGACCAUUGCUUCACAUUGUAUAUUUUGAUUGACAUGAAGUUUUUUGGCCUUGCACUUAUGAUAAAGUCAUUUGCUUUCU